AUGGCAGACGAUUCUGAAGGUUCAUCUGAUAUCGAAUUCAGCGAUGAGGAAACCCAGAACCCGCGUAUCGGCCGCAAAGCCAUCGAAUCUAUCCUUGAAAAGUCGGCCGUGGAUCGAAUUGAGUCCAAAAAGAAACUCGAGAAGCUCCGUGAUGUUGCCAGUGCUCCCAGUACGGCCAUCCACCGCGAGUACUGGCUUGUACUCUUCGAACAGUAUGCACAGUCUACACUCCACAUCAACCGUCGCCAGAAUGCCACACCAACAGGAGACGAUCUGAUUCGCUUCCUCUUCCAACUGCCUAGUCACUUAGAAUCCAGACACGAGGACGGCAAGAUAGCUUGGACAGUUAUCAAAGGCGCCAGGGCCCACCUUGAGCGAGCACUCUUUUUCAAGUACGAAGAUUUCAAGCUAUCCAAACGGGACGAGCUUCGACUAGAUGCCACGAUCCAACAACUUCUCAACGAUGGAGAAAUCACGAAGAGUCCCGUGCAAGCAGCUCUAUGGCUAUCUUGUCAGAUGGUGAAGCGCAUGGUGACGGCCGUCUUCACUGAUGCCAUGCUCAACGGUACAAAAUCAUGGGAUGUCACGCUAGCCGGGUGCCUUGGUCUUGUACUACAGGCAGCACUGGCUGCGAGGGCUGGCGAUUUCACGAGGUCUUCACACUACGGUGGCGCCGAGUAUUUGAAAUGGCAGGACAUCGAGCUUGUAGCCACAGGCUCUUCUGUCAAGGACCCCGGGCUCAGAAUGCUGAUUACCCUACAGUAUCGAAAAGCGCACAAGAACGACCCGAGGAAUGCCCUGCAGCUGGAGUUUGGGCUGCUGGACGAAGAGCACAACACUGUCGACGUCGUCAAAUUGCUCGUGGCAUAUGCGCUCCGCAUCGGGAGAGUCGCGGAGACAGCGUGGGAAGAGCUCAUCUCUGUAGUCCUUCGGCGCCGUAGCAAGCGGUUUGUUUGGAGCAGACCUGACGACCCUGUUUUCUUCGGACACACAAAGGGAGAACGUCUGGAUUUUGCGAACGCCGCCCCAGUGGGCCAGCAGACCCGUUUUCUCCGCCAUGCAGCGAGCCUCAUCGGAAUGAUGGCGCGGCCCGUGUCACACGAUCUCCGCCGUGGAGCUGCUUCUGAUAUUUUCUCACUGAAGCAAUCUACUAAUGUCGAAGGAGUACGCAGAUCUCUUGGCCACUCUCAGCAAGCCAAGAGCAAUGGCACCACUGACCGAUACAUCGGGCGAGUGAAAGGCGACAGCUGGGCAGCCCGUAUUGAAGUAUCAGCCAUUGCAGCAGAAGACCCUUUUGAAGUUCCGUUGGCUCCUACGCCGUUCGUGAAGCGUAAAGUCGCCACGAAAGACAUCGACAAAUACUGUACGACCCACAAACUCGAUGUGAAUGAUCGCAACAGUCGUCACAAGGCUCGUAAAGCGCUAGAGAAGGUUCAAUACGACCGUUGGUUGGCUCAACAGCAGUCAGUCAUGAACGACUCGAGCACUCUAUCGGAAAUGGAUGCAGUCGUGGACUCUGACAACGGGUCACACGUUCCGGCCUACAUCGAUGGACCUCCUAUCGAUUCAGCCCUCGUACGUGCCCCAUUGAUGGACAUCACCAAUAUACCACGGCCACUGCCUGCCACUAAAGCUCAAGAUGAUGCCAAUACUGCAAACGAAGGUAUCGAGGAGUCUUCCGUCCAAACCAUGACGAAUAUACUCGGGCUCGACAACGCUGGUCACAGUUCCGACCCUUCAGUUGAGGCGGUCGAUAGCAUGUCUAACGGCUAUGUCUCCUUACUGGCAUCGUGCCCGCCGCCUCAACAAUCGAGCAUCCUCACAUCUUCUAUCUCCGACUUCAUAGGCUUUCUGUCCACGAUCAAUCUGGUCAGCACCGCAAGUCCAAAUCUACCACACGACGCUGAGACCGGAGGCAGCCGGCUUGCGCCUUCGAAGUUCCUUUUCGCCUGCCGCAAAGAGGGUUGCCUGAGGGCUUUUGAUUCGAAAUUGCGACGUGAGCAGCAUGAGGUCAACUGUGAAGGAGUCUUGUCAGACGGUCUUGGUGACGAAGAACCUUUGUCUAUUGGCGAAGAGCACCAGCAAACGGUGCCAAAAAGUCGCAAUCGCAAACGCGCGGACAUCAACAUGGUACACGAUGGCUUUCCCAAACCGUGUCCUGAUAGCAAUAUCUGUGGGGUGACAAAGGACUUCGCAACGAUGCACUUGCUCAAAAACCACCGCAACCUACACCAUGACGCGCAAUGGCCAAAAGAACAGGCAUGCAACGUUCUUGGAUGCCAACUCCCUGGUGAUCACUAUUUCGUUUCUCGAGAAGCCUUCCGCCGGCAUCUCAGCACCUUCCACAUGUUCGACAAUACGCAGGCUCUGGAGUACAUUGGCAAGAUUAUCAAUGUCAUGUUCAGGGCUCCUCGCGGGACCAGCGCCUCGUACAUGACUACGAUGUGUUUGUUCCCGGGCUGCAAAACGGUUGCAGAGUUUGCCAACUACAGUGACUACACCAGCCACCUCAAGAAGACGCACAAGCAGACUCCUGACCAAUAUCCAAAGUACAUGCCGACUGCUGCCACUGUACGCCUUCAUCCUCGCCCGGAUCUGGCCACCAUAGACGUCUCCUCACCCGUCGCACGGGAGUUUCAAGCUGGACCGUGUAACUAUCCACUGUGCUCUAACUUUGACACCACGUACACAGCUGAGCCUGCUCUCGUACGCCACCUCAACGUGUCACACGGUGUCGAGAAAUCUGAGGCCCCCAAACACUUUGGCGGUCCGGAAAUCGCACCAUUCUACGGGACCAGAUGCUUGCAUCCCGACUGCGGCGCAAAGAACAAGUUCUACCCUGAUAAGGAUAAGUAUGUAUCGCAUUUGAAGACUUUCCAUGCCUUGAACACAGUUGCGGAGAUCAGCUCCUUUCAGCUGUGGCACAAGCUCAAGUAUGGCACUGUUGGUGUGGCGAAUGAAUAA